GAUAUACGGUAUAUGGUAUAUACGCAGGUGUGUUCACAGUGCUUGUGCACCCCGCGUCACGCGCCAGCCACUCGGUGUCGAAAAGAGACGGUGGGUGGCUGUGAAAAUUAGAAAAAGUCAAAAGAGAGGAAGAAAGAGUGAAGCGGAAUAAAGUAUCCUUCUUUGCCAUAUCGUACGGUAUCUCACAGCUGGAGAAAGAAGCGAAGAAGUCUGACUUGUUCUCUUGUUAAUAAAGGGUAGUUCAUCUGUGUUCCUGUACUCAGGGUUAUAACAAAAAGGGAAGGUCGCGAAGUGAAACACAUUCGUCUCUUGAGAGUAUAGUCUAACCGUCUGUCUGCUGAGAAUGGUUCAGAGGUUCUGCACUAGCGUGGCUGCGCUUAGCCUCGCCCUGAGUGUUUGCGUUAUUUUCCCUCGUGCUAUCAUGGCGAUCGACUUAAGUCGAUUUUAUGGUCACUUCAAUACCAAACGUACAGGAGAUGCUUGUCGUCCCUACGAGCCAUUCAAGUGUCCAGGAGAGGGUAUAUGUAUCUCGAUUCAGUAUCUCUGUGACGGAGCUCCCGACUGUCAAGAUGGAUACGACGAAGAUUCACGUUUAUGCACAGCUGCAAAAAGACCACCGGUAGAGGAGACUGCUAGUUUCCUGCAGUCGUUGUUGGCAAGUCACGGUCCAAAUUAUCUCGAGAAAUUGUUUGGGACCAAGGCACGGGAUACGCUAAAGCCUCUUGGUGGCGUGAAUGCAGUUGCUAUAGCGCUUUCUGAAUCUCAGACGAUCGAAGAUUUUGGUGCAGCCUUGCAUCUAAUGCGCUCCGAUUUGGAACACUUGCGCUCUGUGUUUAUGGCGGUGGAGAAUGGUGAUUUAGGCAUGUUGAAAUCAAUCGGUAUCAAGGACUCAGAGCUGGGGGACGUGAAGUUUUUCCUGGAAAAGCUCGUCAAAACCGGUUUUCUCGACUGAAUUGGCAUUUUCUUGGAACGUCACGGCGGAGGCGCUAUAACAUUGGCUGUAUCGUAUUACAAUCGCACUAUCCUAUCGCUUUGAAAGAUUCUUUGGCAAGUCUCCUUUGCGAAAUGAUCGCCGCCUACGUCUUUCCUCCUUUUUCCCAUCCCUUUUCUUCUCCUCUUCCUCCAUUUCAAGUUUCCUUGUCGCUUUCUUUCGGUGUCGUCUUAUUCCUCUCUUUACUUUUCAAAAAACACGUUGAGUGAGCACCGAGAUAAGUGGGGAAGAUAUCUAUCGUUACCGAGAGGCAUGGGAGUACUGAAUGUUUAAACUUUCCUUAAAUGUCAAGGGUCGAUGUUUGUAUAUCUGUGCACCUUUAUCGAUGCGACGUCACUCAUUUUCGCGCUGCAAUGGGCACGCGUUUUACUCCAAUAAACGUUCUACUUUUUACACAUAUUUCGUAGAAUUAAAAACGAGAAAGAUGAAUUGAAGAAACGAUGGCAAUGUUUGACGGUGAAUAGGAUGGUCGCGUAUGGAGGCGAUACGAGAGCUUUGUGAUUACCAAACCCAUUAAUUAUACAUAUUUUACUGGAACGUUCUAUUCGACGUCGUGUAAUCUACGAUCGAUACUAAUUAAUUGUCGCUUUGUUUCCGUGACUAACGUGACGUCGUCGACAUGCAAUCGUCAUUCGAGGCACGAAGAAUCAUAUGAGAACGAAGAGAGAAAACACUUAGAUAUUUCGUUUAUAAAUUAGUUCAUUCCGUUUUAACGAUAUGUAUGUAAUAUUCUAAUUACUAAUUAACAAUUUCAGAAAGAUCCAAACUAGGAACGCGUUUUAAGAUUUACUUUUGCUUUUGUAAUUUCGUGCCUGGCGCAGCAUACAAGAAACGAAUAAUUAAUGGAAUUUGAUUUUACUACAUUGUCAGACUCCCAUUCUACUCGUAUUUUAUUACAUUACCGAAGCUGUGCUUUGGUGGCUAAUAUUCGUGAUAUUGGAGAUAGCGACGUACAUAAACUCAUGCAUGAUGCGAGACCUGUCUAGCAGCUGGAACACUGCAUGUGUUUUUCGCUACAGAAAUUUUUGUGUACAACACACACACACACACACACACACACACACACACACACACACACACACACACACACACACGUUAUCUAUUGCAUUUCUACAUGCUUAUAAAACCGGAUAAUUACUGCUGGUACAGUACCACGUAUAAAGGUCCUUCUACGGAUUUCAGUUUCUCGUCGUAUCGAGGUUCAGAUGUUUCUAGAUUUUGCACCAAUAUCUCGCCGGCUAACAUUUAGAUUAAUUAAUAUUUCACAGAACGUUACAAGAUAUACUAUUACCCACAGAUAAAUAAGUGAGGGACAAUCAGAAAAAUCUCAAAUAAUACCUCUUCCAUUAUAUACUCGAGAGAAGUUGCUUUGAUACUUGAAGUACAAGGGAAUGAUUAGAACAUGAUUAAGAAUCUGUAAGUAUCUCUUUCUAUAGAGUAUAAUAGUUACCGUUGGUUUUACUUGAAUGAAAUGCUUGUAUACGAUUAACCCUCGUCGAUACGGACCGAACGGAAAUACGUAGACAAGCCUGAUUCGCAUCUAAAGGUAUUUUGUUAAACCGCUCAGUAUGAUUUAAUCGUGUAUCUUGUAAUAUUGUAAAACACACGCGUUUUCACAUGCUCUUUCGUUGGUGUAAUAUGUAAUACGGGAAGAUCGAUGCAAAAACCUCCAAACAAUCAGAAGGACUUUGAAUCGAUUUUUCUACUUACAUGCGAUCUUUAUCGACUGUUUCUGUUAGAAUGCUACUGCGACACAAGAUAUAAAUUCUGACUUCAUUCAGAGAAAAAUCAAUGCGAAAUGACAAAAAAGAUUAUCUCGAUUAAUUACGUUUCUGUUAAUUUAAUUUAUGAGUCACGUUAUAGAGGAAUAUAAAUUUCUUGCUACUCAAACGAUCGAUCUUUAGUACAGUAUAAAUAUACGAAUGAUUUAUAUCAAAGAAUACAUACAAUUAUACAUACAUGUACAUGCACACACCUAUACACGUAUAUGUAUAUAAAAAUCUACAUAUACAUAUAUUAUAUCUAUUUUAAACAUGAGAAGCGAAGCAGGUACAAACCGAGCAUCGUAUCGCGUUCCUUCAGGGUAUAACGCGUCCUUUACUUAAGAAUAUGAAUAUGAGGACGAUGAUGAUGACGAUGAUGACGAAACAAGUAUACAAUGCUCUGAUGUAUUAAUAUUUUCAUUACGGUAAUGCAACACAACAUAUCAAUAUAGAUACAUAUCAGUAAUGUAAUUUGGAGAUGAAUGCCGAAUUCUCUCUGAAAGCUAGUUCUCUAUUUUAGUCUUUUUAGGAUUUGAGAAAGAAUAGGUCGCGAAUUUUAACGAUAAAGUUCCCUUGUGAAAUUUCGAAACUAUAAAUACAUAUCAAAUAAAACGGAGAACGAUUAAACGUGGCUUCACUCUGGAGAGACUUCGGUAUAGUGAUGAAAUGCAUCUCUAUCUAUUAAGCGUAAUAUCUUCUAGUCAACCAAUGAUAUAUCAUCUAAUUAAUAAUAAAUAAGUCUAUAUAUAUAAUUACA